UGAUGCCGUGCGGUAACGAACUUUAGGCGCCAUUUUCGUUUGUUGUCUUUUUCGUCCUGUUCACAAAGUACAGAAUUUCUGGAAAUAAAAGCACAAGCUGUGGCCAACAUAUCGAAAUGGAAGACUCAGAAGAGACCACUCCAAUGGAGGGUGUUCAGGAGGGAACUGAGGAUGGGCAAGAUCAAUCUGCAGAAGAGGAGGGAACAGUCAUUAACACGGGGGUGUUGCACAUCAACGUCCCUCCUCCACCACCCCCACCCAUGAAGGCAGAUGGUACAGGCCCACGGCUGAUCAUCACCCACAUCGUGAACGAGAACUUCAAGUCAUACGCUGGCAAAAAGAUUCUGGGACCUUUCCAUAAGAGCUUCUCAUGCAUUGUUGGCCCAAAUGGCAGCGGGAAGUCCAACGUUAUCGACGCCAUGCUGUUCGUGUUCGGCUACCGUGCUCAGAAGAUCCGUUCCAAGAAGAUCUCUGUCCUGAUCCAUAACUCUGACCAGCACCGCGACCUCACUAGCUGUACUGUCAGUGUGCACUUCCAGAAGAUACUGGACAAGCCUGGCGAUGACUUUGAGAUUGUCCCUGGCAGCAAGUUUGUGGUGUCCCGUACUGCGAACAAGGACAACUCCUCUGCCUACUACGUGGACGGGCGUAGGAUGCAGUUUAAGGAAGUUGCGGCCCUGCUGCGUGGCCAUGGCAUUGACCUGGACCACAACAGGUUCCUUAUUUUACAGGGUGAGGUUGAACAGAUCUCCAUGAUGAAGCCCAAGGCCCAGACAGAGCAUGAUGAGGGGAUGCUGGAAUAUCUGGAGGACAUCAUCGGCAGCUCGCGCUUCAAGGAACCCAUCGAGCAGCUGGAUAAAGCUGUGGAGGAACUCAACGAGCAGAGGGGGGAGAAGUUGAACCGUGUAAAAGCAGUGGAGAAGGAGAAGGAUGAGCUGGAGGGAUCUAAGAACGAGGCCAUGGCCUGGCUGGCUGCAGAGAAUGAAGUCACCAUGAGCAAGCACAAGCUGUACCAGGUCUACAUCCAUGAGUGCUCCACCAAUGAGAAGUUGGCAGCAGCUAAGGUUGCGGAGAUCGAGCAAGGAAUGGCUGGAACUAAUGAGGAACUAGAGAAACUGGAGGCAGAGAAAAGGGACAAAGCAAAAGACAGCAAGAAGGCCAACAAGGCACUGGAUAAGCUCCAGAAGGAGUGUGCAGCCAGCAAGGAGCAGUUCUCAGAGUUUGAACGUCAGGAUGUGAAGCUUCGAGAGGAUCUCAAGCAUGCCAAGGGCAAGGAUAAGAAACUCAAGGCAUCCCUGGAGACUGAGAAAAAGAAGCUAGAGGAAGUGAAACUAGUGCCUGGUAAGAGUGAGAAGGAGGUGGAAGAACUGAGCAAGAAGAUUGAACACCUGGAGAAGAGACAGAAAGUGGAGGAAGAAAAGGUCGCUGAGGUCAUGGCAAGCCUCAAGACUGAGACCCAAGGACUGCAGAAGGAAAAGGAGGAAAAGGAGACAGUUCUGAUGGGUCUCCAGAAGGCCCUGAAUGACACUAAGUCCAAGACAGAUCUGGCACAGUCGGAGCUGGACAUCUACCUCAGUCGCUAUGACAACGCUGUGUCACAGCUGCAGGGGGCUCAGCAGAACCUUGACACUGCCGUCAACACUCUCAAGGAGAGGAAAAGUGGCAUCAAGGAUCUUGUGAAGCGAAUCCCAGAGUGUGAGAAGGAGCUACAGAAAGCCAACAGUGACCUGGAGAAAGUUACCAAGGAAGAGACAGAAGUGGUGCAGGAGUUGAGAAGCUGCCGUAUGAAGGUGGAAGAGGCGCGGAGCUCCAUGCAGCAACAGAGGAGCCGUGGGAAAGUGCAGGAGGCACUCAUGCUGCAGAAACAGUCCGGGAAAAUACCUGGCAUCUUUGGCAGACUGGGUGACCUUGGAGCCAUCGAUGACAAGUAUGACGUAGCGAUCUCCACGGCAUGUGGGGGGCUGGACCUCAUCCUGGUGGACACCAUGGACACAGCACAGAAGUGUGUCAACUUCCUCAAGAAGAACGAUAUUGGCAGGGGGACCUUCCUCGGGCUGGAUCAGCAACAAAAAUUCAGGGAAAACUGCCAGAACAAGAUCAAAACUCCAGAGAACAUUCCUCGUCUGUUUGACUUGGUGAAAGUGAAGGAUGAGAGGACCCUGCCAGCGUUCUACUUCGCCCUGCGUGACACCCUGGUGGCGGAUAACCUGGACCAGGCCACGCGCUGCGCCUUCCAGGGCAGCAAACGCUUCCGGGUCGUCACACUGGGGGGACAGCUCAUCGACAUCGCAGGAACUAUGACUGGAGGUGGUACAAAGGUGAUUAAGGGCAGGAUGGGUUCCUCUGUGGUCAGUGACUUCAACCCUAAAGAAAUGGAAAACAUGGAGAGCAAACUUGCACGACUUUCUCAGCAAGCCCAGCAGCUGAAGGAAAGGAAACGUGGGUUGGAGGAGACUGUGCAGCGUUUGGAGAGGGAACUCACCAAGAUAAAAAUGGACCAGAAGAAGUUUGACAUGGACAUCAAGGCCCUGACGGAGCAGGAGGUGACUCUGAAGCAGCAGGUGACAGAGCUUCAGCAGCAGGUAAAGGAGGCAGAACCAGACAAGACCCAGCAAGCCAAGCUGGAGAAAACUCUGGCUGCUCAUAAGAAAGAAUAUGAAAAAGCUGCAGAGGCUUCCUCAAAAGUGGAGGCAGAAGUGCAAAGCCUGCACAAGAAGAUCAUGGAUAUCAGUAACAGUAAGAUGAAGUCGGCUCAGGACAAGUUGGACCAAGUCAACAAGGAAAUCGAUGAGGCCAACGCAGCGGUCACCAAGGCCAAGGUUGCCAACAAAACUGCCAAAAGAAAUAUCACUAAAACUGAGGACAAGAUUGGGAAACUGGAAAAAGACAUAGAGGACAACAAGACGGCCGUCGGUCAGUUUGAGGCCGAUCUCACUGCCCUAGAAGAGAAGGCUACAGAGGUCUUGAACCUCUUCCAAGAGACAAAGGAAAAGAUGCAGGAAGUUGAAGCCGUCGCUGCGGAAAUUCAGAAGGAGCUUGAUGUCUUAGAGGCUAAGGAGAAUGAGCUGAAGAGUUCUCAUGUCGACAUCAAGCACCAGUUGGAGGAGAAGGUCACCGCUGUCAAGGAGAACUCGGGCAAGGUCAAGUACUGGAAGAAGGAGAUAGAGAAAAUGGUUGUCCAUGUGGUUGAUGAUGAUGGCCCUCCUGAGCUGAAGGAGCUGUCAGAAGAGGAGGUAAAAGCCAUCGACAAACAGGAGCUGGGCUUCCAGAUCACCGUACAGGAGGCAAAGCUGGGAGAAUUCAAGCCAAACAUGGCAGCCAUCAACGAGUACAAGAAAAAGGAGCAACUGUAUCUAAAGCGGGUCUCGGAACUGGACGAGAUCACGAGUCGGCGCGACCAGCAGCGGAAGGCGUACGAGGACCUCCGCAAGCAGCGAUUGGACGAGUUCAUGGCAGGGUUUGGGGUCAUCACCAACAAACUGAAGGAGAUGUACCAGAUGAUCACCCUGGGUGGAGAUGCUGAGCUGGAACUGGUGGACAGUCUGGACCCAUUCUCUGAGGGGAUCGUCUUCAGUGUGCGACCUCCCAAGAAGAGCUGGAAGAACAUCUCGAACCUGUCUGGAGGCGAGAAGACGCUGAGUUCCCUGGCCCUGGUGUUUGCUCUGCACCAUUACAAGCCCACCCCCCUGUAUGUCAUGGAUGAGAUCGACGCUGCUCUGGACUUCAAGAACGUCUCUAUUGUGGCCAGCUACAUCAAGGAACGCACAAAGAAUGCUCAGUUCAUCAUCAUCUCACUCCGUAACAACAUGUUUGAGCUGGCCGACCGUCUGGUGGGGAUCUACAAGACCAACAACAGCACCAAGAGUGUCGCUAUCGAUCCUGCUGUCAUUUCAGAGAGGGCAGCACAAGUGGCGUGAUACAGUCAUUCCUAUAGCUCUUAUUAAGGACUUGAAUACUUGUAUACAGCACAUUUAUGACAUGUGAGUAUUAGAACACAUGGUGAAACCUUUGUUCCAUGAUUAGAAUUAUGACGUUAGCUGCAUGUCUGAAAUUUCAGAUUCAAGCUCUGCAAAUGUUCAAACUGACAACUGACACAGACAAACAUACAGUUUUACAUUUUGGGGCAAACCAGCAUGUCACUCACCAAAAGGCUUACCUCCUUCUACCAGUACUUGACCUUCUUAUUGUAUCCUAAACUACGAUGACGAUGUAUUGUAUGAAGAAGACAAAAAGGAGUUUACAAUUUAGUAACAUUGUUUUGCGUACAUGUAGUUUUGUAAUACAGUCAAUACCUGCCCAAGGAGGCCACUCAGGGGACUGAUAAAAUCUGGUCUAUUCAGACAGGAUUCUUUACGUUAGUGUCAAUGACAAAAAAAAAUAUCUUAGUGUUCACAUUGGCCAGAUGGUCCUUAUGUAGAGGUGGUCACUACGACAGGCUUGACUGUACUGGUAAAUUGAUCCUUUUCAGCACUAUGUAAAUUGCCAUUUAUUACAGAUAUUUGUAAUCAGUGAGUGUUACAGAUCUUUGUAAUUUUCUGUGACUUGUACAUAUACAUUCACUGUCUACUGUCCAACUUCUUUCUGAUACACUUUCUUAACCUCUGCUAUUUUAGAUGUAAUUGUGUAGAUGUUAGAAAUACAUAAAAUCAUUGCCAAUGAUUUGAACUCCAAGUGAUGAGGAUAAAUUUUAGAUAUAGACCAGUCGAAUGUGUGCUUUCUGUGUUAUGUCCAUAUUGCUGACUUUCUUCCAAAUCUAUUGUCUUUUUGUUUGUUGUUAUGUGACUGCUACGUUAUGUUAGCAUGGUAGGCAAAUAAAAAAAAAUGUGUGAACU